AUGAAUCUAUCAUUGCCACCUGUGGUCAUUAAAGGUGAGUUCGUAGCGCAGAGGGCGGAGAUGACUGCCGCUCAGACCACUCGUCGCUUAGGCGGGAUACCAAAGGAGGAAAUCCAGCGCAUCGCUCUUCGCGCUCGGUAUCUGCCACAGGCGGAUAUGCUCGAGUCUGACGAGGGUUGA